ACUCCACAGACAUGUCGCACAAUAGCUGAAGUAAACCUGUCAUCGUGGCUCAUCCUGUGAGCCUCCAGAAACACACCGCUGGUGGGAUUUGACUCGCACAGCCUCUCCUCUGUCGCUUCCCUCGCAUCGGACCCUACGUUUGAAAACGCCUGGAUAUGAAUUAUGAGCAUUUUCCUCACUAAUGAACUGGGCCAGUAAUGCAGGAGACCACGGCGACUCUCUCAUCAGUGUUUCAAGAUGGCAGAUUUUUAUUGAGUUUUAAACAGAAAUCUCGCUUUAUUUUUUGCCAUGUAUAACAGAAAUCCUUGCACCGAUGGCCCCUGUAUACGAAGGUAUGGCCUCGCAAGUGCAAGUGUUCUCCCCUCACACUCUCCAGUCAAGUGCCUUCUUUAGCGUGAAGAAACUGAAGGUGGAGCAGAGUUGUAACUGGGAUAUGACAGGGUACGGCACACACAGCAAAGUCUACAGCCACAACAGCAGCAAGAACGUGUCGGCCGCCAGUGGGCCCCUAGGCAUCAACAGCUCCCUGCAGGUCGCCAGCUCCACCCUGCCCUACGAGCAGGCGCUCAUCUUCCCAGCCAGCGCGGGCCACAUUGUGGUCACCUCAGCCAGCAGCACUUCAGGGGCCGUGGGGUCUCUGCUGGGCAGCGGGGGUGGAGGCAGCAGCAGCAACAGCAGCGGUGGUGGAGGUGGCGGCGGCGGCAGCGGUGUGGGCGGCGGGGUUGGUGUUCACAACCUGACACGCCGCAGCACGGUCAGUCUCCUAGACACCUACCAGCGAUGCGGGCUUAAACGCAAGAGUGAGGAGCUUGAUAACAACAGCAGCGUGCAGAUCAUUGAGGAGCACGGUCCACCGAUGAUCCAGAACGGAGCAGCCAGUGGAGCCACGGUGGCUACAGUGGCCACUGCCACCUCCACGGCAACAUCCAAGAACAGUGGCUCCAACAAUGAGGGGGACUACCAGCUGGUGCAACACGAGGUGCUCUGCUCCAUGACCAACACCUACGAAGUGCUGGAAUUCUUGGGGCGAGGAACCUUUGGGCAGGUGGUCAAGUGCUGGAAGAGGGGCACCAACGAGAUUGUGGCGAUCAAGAUCCUGAAAAACCACCCGUCUUAUGCACGGCAGGGUCAGAUCGAAGUCAGCAUCUUGGCGCGUCUCAGCACGGAGAGUGCAGAUGACUACAACUUUGUGAGGGCCUACGAGUGUUUCCAGCACAAGAACCACACGUGCCUGGUAUUUGAGAUGCUGGAGCAGAACCUGUACGACUUCCUCAAGCAGAACAAGUUCAGCCCCUUGCCGCUCAAAUACAUCAGGCCCGUGCUACAGCAGGUCGCCACAGCACUAAUGAAACUGAAGAGUCUGGGGCUGAUCCAUGCUGACCUGAAGCCAGAGAACAUCAUGCUCGUGGACCCGUCUCGACAGCCCUACAGGGUCAAAGUCAUUGACUUUGGCUCAGCCAGCCAUGUGUCCAAAGCAGUGUGCUCCACCUAUCUACAGUCCAGAUACUACAGGGCUCCGGAGAUCAUCCUGGGCCUGCCGUUCUGUGAGGCCAUAGACAUGUGGUCCCUGGGCUGUGUGAUAGCUGAGCUCUUCCUGGGAUGGCCCCUCUACCCCGGAGCCUCAGAGUACGAUCAGAUCCGGUACAUCUCACAGACACAGGGUCUGCCUGCGGAGUAUCUGUUGAGCGCAGGGACGAAGACCACCAGGUUCUUCAACAGAGACCCCGACUCGACCUAUCCCCUCUGGAGACUUAAGACUCCAGAGGACCACGAGGGUGAAACGGGGAUCAAGUCCAAGGAGGCUCGCAAGUACAUCUUCAACUGCUUGGAUGAUAUGGCGCAGGUGAACAUGACAUCAGAUCUGGAGGGGAGCGACAUGCUGGCGGAAAAGGCCGACAGGAGGGAGUUCAUCGACUUGUUAACCAAGAUGCUGACCAUCGACGCGGACAAGAGGAUCACCCCCAUCGAAACGCUCAACCACCCCUUCGUCACUAUGUCACAUCUCCUCGAUUUCCCGCACAGCACACACGUGAAGUCGUGCUUCCAAAAUAUGGAGAUCUGUAAGCGUCGUGUCAACAUGUACGACACGGUCAACCAGAGCAAGACGCCCUUUAUCACCCACGUGGCCCCCAGCACCUCCACCAACCUCACCAUGACCUUCAACAACCAGCUGAACACUGUGCACAGCCAGGCCACCAACCUGGCUCCCUCCUCCACCACCAACAAUGCCACCCUUUCCUUUGCAAGUCCUGAUGUCUCCAUACUAAACUACCAAUCUGCACUCUACCAGCCCUCAGCUGCCUCCAUGGCAGCCGUGGCCCAGAGGAGCAUGCCCCUGCAGCCGGGGGCUCCUCAGCUCUGCGCUGCCCGGCCCGACCCUUUCCAGCAGGCGCUCAUCGUCUGCCCACCUGGCUUCCAAGGGCUGCAGGCGUCCCCCUCCAAGCACACCAGUUACUCUGUGCGGAUGGAGAAUGCUGUUCCCAUAGUGACGCAGGCCCCUGGUGCCCAGCCUCUGCAGAUCCAACCUGGCCUGCUUACACAGCAGGCCUGGCCCAGCGGCACCCAGCAGAUCCUGCUGCCUCCAGCCUGGCAGCAGCUCACCCACACCUCAGUCCAGCAUGCCACUGUCAUCCCCGACUCCAUGAGCAGCACACAGCCUCUCGCCAACUGGAGGAAUUCCCACCCUCAUGGCAGCCAUUAUAAUCCCAUCAUGCAGCAGCCAGCCUUGUUGGCUGGCCACGUCACGCUCCCAUCCAACCAGACGCUCAAUGUGGGAGUGGCACAUGUUAUGAGGCAGCACUCAACCAAUAACAGCUCCUCUUCCAAAAAGAACAAACAGCACCAGAUGUCUGCCAGGAACAUGUCAGCCUACGAGGUGUCAUCCUCCCAGGCGGUGCUGUCCCCGCAGCGCUCCAAGAGGGUGAAGGAGAACACGCCCCCACGUUGCGCUGUGCUACAGAACAGCUCGGCCUCCAACUGUCCGCCCCCGCAGCCGUGUGGGGGCAGCGGGUGGGGGGCUGGCGAAGCGGAGCAGGCUUCCAGCACCACCCGCGAUCAUCAGCACCAGCACCACGUCCCCAGACAGACCAUCAUCAUCCCUGACACGCCCAGCCCCGCAGUCAGCAUCAUUACCAUCAGCAGCGACACAGAUGAGGAGGAUGACCACAAACAGAACAACAGCUCAUCUUCAAAGCAGAGGAAGAAUGUCAUCAGUUGUGUGACGGUCCAUGAUUCACCCGACUCCGACUGCUCCAGCAACAACAGCCCCUACACUGUGGAGUCCAGACCCCCCAACAACAACAGCUACGACACAAAGACCACCAUACUGGACAACUACAACAAUGGGAACCCCCGGACCAUCAUCAUCCCCCCUCUCAAAACCCAGAACAGUGAGGCCCCGAAUGAGUGUGAGCGCCUGAUGCCAGAUGCAAUGAACCAUCAGAAUUCAGCUUACAAGUUCAAAUCCUCCAAUGGAGUGGUGUCUGGCAAUAAUCACGUACCAGGGGGCAUGACUGGAGGCGGGUCCUACAGACAGCAGCGCUCAGGGCCACACCCCCUCCAGCAGCAGCCUCUAAAUCUCAGCCAGGCCCAGCAGCACAUGGUAGCCGAGCGAAACGGAGGUCAUCGGCGCCAGCAGGCCUACAUCACCCCCACCAUCGCCACUCAGGCCCCGUACUCCUUCCAUCACAACAGCCCCUCUCACACGGGCAACGUCCACCCGCACUUGGCCGCCACACACCUGCCUAGCCAGCCCCACCUCUACACCUACACGGCUCCUGCCGCUCUGGGCUCCACCGGCACCGUGGCCCACCUGGUUGCGUCGCAAGGCUCUGCGCGCCAUGCGGUCCAGCACGGAAGCUACCCACCAAGCAUCGUCCACCAGGUCCCAGUCAGCAUGGGCCACCGUGUGUUGCCCUCGCCCACCCUGCACCACAGUCAGUACCAGGCCCAGUUCGCCCACCAGGCCUACAUCAGCGCCUCGCCCGCCUCCACUGUCUACACUGGAUACCCGCUGAGCCCCACCAAGGUCAACCAGUACCCUUACCUCUAG